UCCAAUAUAGACAAAUGGAUACACAAAACGAUGUGAACCGGGGAGAAUUCACGUGGAAAAUCAGCAACUUCAGUGAGCAGGAUGGGAAGAAGCUCUACUCUGAAGCAUUUACAGUUUCUGGUUGUAAAUGGAGAAUUCUGGUUUUCCCUAAGGGGAACGAAACGGACCAUUUGUCGGUGUACCUUGCUGUCGCUGGUUCUGCGACGUUGCCGAACGGGUGGACCAGAAAUGCCGAGUUAAGCUUGAGUGUGAUCAAUCAAAUCAAUCAUGUUCGCUCUAUUAGAAAAGAGACGCAACAUAAUUUCACUGCAGGAGAGAUUGACUGGGGUUUCAAAAGUUUCAUCUCAUUGACUGAGCUUUGUAAUCCUAGGUGGGGAUACCUAGCAAAUGACACUUUGGUGAUUAAAGCCGAAGUUUGCGUGUUAACAGUUACUCCUCCAGUGAACAUUCAGCCAACUGAUAAGUUUGAAUCCUAUUUUACUAGUCUGGAGGAAUUUGUCAAUGCUGCUGAGAUUAACGGUGUUAGUGUAGGAUCAACUUCGUGCCACCAAGAUGGUGCUUUGAUGGCUGAAAUUCCUAGCUUAGAAGAAGUUGAGAAGGCUAAGCAGUCUUUGAAGGAAUGCCUUUCGGAUCUCUUUAGAUUGAAUAUGAAAGAGAGGCUAUCCAAGGCACUAUCAACUUUAAGCUCAGCCAGAAUCAGAUUAUCGUCAGAGCAACAAAUAGCAAUUGAGACAUUUCAGGCCAAUUUCAAUGAUUUCAUUUCCGACUUCUUAUCAUUUGAGCAGGACAAUGCUGAGUUUGAGCUGCAUAAACUACAAAAGGAUCAAAGGUUCUCUGCUAUGAAGAAGAGCCAAGAGACUCACUUCUUUUAUAAGCAGUUAAUGGAUGACCUCGUCAAUGAAGAGGAAGAGCUCAAGAGAAAGACGGAGGAAGUGAAGUCUAGGAAGGACAAGCUUCUCUCAAACUGGGAGAUCUUGCUGGUCGAGUCUGAAGAAGCAAAGUUGGGCUAUCAAGAUGAGCAGAAGAAAGUAGCAGAGGCUGAGGAAAAGAAGAGAAUAGCUGAAGAAAGAAUGUCUAGAUCAAGCUUUGCUUGGUCGAAUUUGAAGGCUCAGUUUGGUUAAAAUUUAAGGUUUUAA